AUGCGACCACAAAUGCGACAGACUCAGAGGGUCCCUCGGUCAUGUAUACAAUGCACCCGUAGGAAAGUGAAAUGCUCGAAGAGAAUACCUUGUGAUAAAUGCAUUGAACGAGGGGAGUCGGCUGCCUGUAUGCGAGAGGUCGUUAAGGUUGCCGGGAAAGUCACGGUUGCAGUGGACGAAGAUGUGUCAGACGAUAGUACCUCUGGCACCACGUCGAGGCUCCUAGAGGAGAACAUAAGCCUUAAAAUGCGAAUAAAGCAGCUGGAGGCCGUUCUCUCCCGACCGGAAAUGCUAAAAGUGGAGGCAAAUAUCCCCCGACGUACAGCAGCCGUAGAGGACUUUCAGUCCCCAGAGAGUAUCUUAAGCGAGUUUCAGCGCUUGCCAUUUCAGCUGUCAGUCGAGCCAGGCCAAAGCCAUGCUGAUAGUACUCGCCCGUGGGACGAUCAUGUAAUGCUUUGUCUGCCCGCCCGCCACUGGAGCGAAGUAAUCGUCAAGUUCUCUCUAAGAGAGCUAGGGUGGGUUCAUUGUGCCUUGGAUGCAUCAGUUUUCAUACGAGAACAUGAAGCUUUCUGGGAUAGUUUGAUCGCAAACGAAGGGAAUAGUCUCAGGAACCAUGCCUGGAUCGCGGUGUAUCUAAGUGUCUUAGCCGUUGGCGUAUACUUUAUUAGUGAAGAGAAGAUACAUAAUCUCCAGUUGGUUUAUGAAAGCUUCUCAGCCCGGGAUCAUUCUGUGCGGUCUUCAUUGGGCAGGGGAUCUAUAGAGUUGUCACGUAGUUGGCGAGCUGCUGCCUUGAAAGAGUUGAACUAUGCCAACUACACGGGUAAGCCAAGCUUGCGAACCGUCCAGGCCUUGGCAAUUCUGAAUGUGAUUCAUAAGAAUCUCGGGGAAUCAGACCAGGAAUAUAUACUUCAUGGUACGGCGGUGAAUGUUGCUCGACUCAUUGGGCUCGAUCGUCUUGGGCAUGACCGUGGAACAGCGAGCACACACAUGGACAACCUAGAGUCCAACUCAAGUCAGCAGAAUGUGCUUCGAAGGCUGUGGUGGACACUUGUGGUUUGUGACUGGAUAGCUGUGUGGUCACGUCCGACAACGAUCCACCCAGAGUCUUUCACAACAGUAUUGGAAGUAGAAGAAGGCCAAAACUCACCACAUAGCUUUAAUGAAGGGACGAGCCGUCCCUCUGUCUUCGAAUAUCAUAGAGCAAUAGCUCAAUUGGCCAUUACUAUACAGAACCACGCCGGAUCCAUCAAAAGCUGGGAUAUAAAAGUGCUACAAGAUACUCUUGGAGAAUUAGAUCGCGUCUCAUUAUCCUUCCCACCCCACCUCACAUUUUUAGGCCUGGAGGCCACAAUGGAGGUGGUAGGGCAUGAACCCAACUGGACCACAGUGCAAAGAUACUUGCUCCACAACUGUCUAGAUAGCUGGCGAAUUCAUCUCUGUGUUGCCAUAUUGCCUCACAUCCUGGAAACCCCCAACGAAGAGGGGAGGGAUGUCCUCCAGCAUGGGAUAUUAGCUGCAAAACGACUUCUUCAGCGGAGGCAACACGCACCAUGCCUUCAUUUCCACAAGUUCUGGGCAGUGACGGCGUCCAUAAUAACCGCAGGAAUCUAUACUAUUAUAGAUCUGAUAUGCCUGCGGAAGUAUCGAUCGCCUCCCGAAUUGAGCGAACAAAGGGAGCUAGUUAGACUAAGCAUCAGUCUGCUCGAGCAGUCAUUCACAGAGACGCGGCACGGCGCAUUACUCGUCCUUCGGCGGCUGUCCCAUCUAUACGAUAUCAUAGAUCCAUCGCAAGAAAUCAACCGACUCGUACUCUCGAAAAUUGUGAGGUUAACAGCGUCGCCUCGUUUGUGGGCCUCCCUUCCAGAUGCCGAUGCGACCUUAGGGUAUUUGUUUCCCGAGCCAGGUUUUGACAACCCAGGAAACACGUCGCCGUCAUCUCCGAGCAGUAGCCACGGGGUUGAUAGUACACUAUCCGGGGAUUCUACAAUACACGAAAUACUACCUCACUUCGGCGAUUUGUCAUCCUCUUUGGAACUCAUUGAUAUGUCGAUGCCAUGGCUUGAUUCAGUUCCUCUUGAUGACUUCAUGAAAGAAUCCUAAGCGGUCUAAUGGUUAUGUUAAUUAUGUACCGCACCAGAAUCUCUACUUAUGAACUAUUCACGUCAUCUAAAGAUGGAAAAUACAACAUUCGGAGCAUAUGAUAUGAAGGUGCUAAUCUAUAUUUUCCUCUCUACUUCUGGUAUCGAUCAUGAACGAAGAAUAGAGAACUUAAUAUGUUUGAAUGUAUGGUCCAAGAAUGAACAACCCGUAAUCAUACAACUUUAGUUAAGAAGAAAAUUCUGUAUUAGACUUUGUACUAAAAAGGAAACAUUCGAGCUAUCUAGCGGGUGCAGAGCAAUGAAGAAGCAUAUUCCGGACGUAUUAUAUUUCAGCCGUCUUCUUGUCAACAGCAUACUUCAUCGUAAGGAACCGAAUCUUCGAACCGAAGAUGAAAACAGCGAAGCCAAAAGCUGAGACAACUCCCAUGAUGAUAGCACAGAUAUUCAACGCCUGCUUAUAACCCACCUCUGUGACAAACUCAGUGACGCCAAAAGAAAUUCCAAAGGAGAUCAAGCCACGGAUUGCGCAGAUCAGCACCAGAAUAGGCCCUGCUCGCUCUCCAUAACUAUCAAGCGAGUAUGUGUAUCCGAUCAGAA